AUGAACGGCACAAAGCCUGGCCCGUCGGUGGCCGACAUGGCCAAUAUGUCCACCGAAGAGAGAAUGGCGGGGAUGGAACACUCUGAAGUUCGUUACUUUACGAGUUACGAUCAUCAUGGAAUUCAUGAAGAGAUGCUGAAAGACGAAGUCCGAACCCGGUCCUAUCGAGACGCCAUCUACCAAAACCAGCACAUCUUCAAAGACAAGGUUGUCCUCGACGUCGGGUGUGGCACGGGAAUCCUCAGCAUGUUUGCCGCAAGGGCGGGUGCAAAACACGUCAUUGGCGUGGACAUGUCCAGCAUCAUCAACAAGGCAAAACUGAUCGUGGAGGUAAAUGGGCUCUCGAAAAAGAUUACUCUGCUGCAGGGCAAAAUGGAAGAGGUGGAGCUUCCUGUUCAACAUCUGAACAACGGCAAAGUCGACAUCAUAAUAUCAGAGUGGAUGGGCUACUUCCUGCUGUACGAGAGUAUGCUCGACACGGUUCUCUAUGCCCGCGACAAGUACCUGCAGCCAGGCGGUUUGAUCUUUCCCGACAAGGCGACGAUCUACAUGGCGGGCAUUGAAGACGGAGAGUACAAGGAGGACAAGAUCGGAUUCUGGGAUAACGUCUACGGUUUUGACUUCUCGCCCAUGAAAGAGAGCGCGCUGAGCGAACCUCUGGUCGACACGGUCGAGCUCAAAGCGCUGGUCACCGAUCCAUGCCCCGUCUUCACCAUCGACCUCAAUACGGUCAAAUCGGCCCAGCUAGCAUUCUCCGAACCGUUUCAACUCCGGUGUCAAAGAAACGACUUCAUCCACGCGCUCAUCGCUUGGUUUGAUAUUGACUUCACAGCUUGUCACAAGCCGAUCAGGUUCUCGACCGGGCCGCACACCAAAUACACGCACUGGAAACAGACCGUCUUUUACUUGCGACAGGUACUGACCGUGGAAGAGGGAGAAACUGUCACUGGCUUCCUCUCCAAUAAGCCCAAUAGCAAGAACAGACGAGAUCUCGAUAUCAAGAUCGACUAUGAACUCGACACGUUGGAUCGCACACGAGCCGCACGCGGGACAUGCGAGUACAGAAUCGGGUUACUGAUCAUUGUGCAGGUGCUGAUCCCGGAUGACGCCGGGAACGACAUCCGUCCUUCACAUGCUAUUCAGCUUGACCCCGAGGGCCUACGUCCUUCCGACAUAGCACCUUCGAAAGCUUGUAGCAAAGCAUUGAAUAAUGCAAAGGAUGAUAACGUAUGGGUGAAAUGCCUAGUGGACGGUGAAAAAGGUGGCCGCGAUAGCAACGGUAUCCCGGAACGAACCUAA